AUGGGUAACGGCGGUCGUCUUCCCGGCGGGAGACGCAAGAACGAGGGAUCUCACCCACUAAACAGCAACAAACAUGAUAGGGUGGAUUCUAGAAGACGGCAGGCUAUGGUUGCUCGUCGUGAUUCGGAAUCAGAUCGAGGUCCCGAGCGUGAAUAUCGUGAUCGAGCAUUUGAAAGAAGCCAACUGAAAGAUGAAUACUAUCGAAGGGUCAUUGAGGAACACGCACUGCUCAAAAGACAGACGGAAGAAGAAUCCCGUUACAUGGGUGGCGAUGAGGAGCACACUCAUCUUGUGAAAGGCCUGGAUUACGUACUUCUGGAGAAGGUGCGACGAAGCUUAGGGCCAAAGGUCACCACCGUGAAAGAGGUAGAGGCAGCUGCGCCAGAGGUUGGGCAUAGUGAAUUGGGUAGUUAUAUAAACAAGACGUUUCUGUACCAUACACAUAUGCACCAUCGUCAUUUUCGAGAUCGUCUGUUCAAUACCUACAGCCUGAUAUGUAAAGGAUACAAGCUGAAGCGUAACACCGUUGGUACGCAUAUUUUUUACAAGUUUGACUUGAAUAUGGAGCCAUCCGCUAACGACGUGCCAUUGACUAUUGUGUCUAAUGAGGACACAGAGGGUUCUGCAAGGUCCGUAGAUGGUGGUGAUUUGCUGGCUUAUCUGGAUCCUGAAUUGAAGAGGGAAAUUGCGGAGGCAUUUGAAUGGCACCAAGAAAACCGAAAGAAACCCAAAGAGGAGAGGCUGACCACAAGACCCAAAACGAGUAACGAUGGAGGGUCUGGCGACGAUUCCGACGACAUAUUUGCUGAUGCUGGCGAAUACAGAAGUGACGAAUUGAACACAGGGGAAGUUUCCCGACUCCACGAUAACGAGAAAUAUUUCGGCGAUUCUUCUGGUGACGACAGCGCUGAUGAAACUUAUGAUGCUGCACGCCGUCUACAGUCGUUAGGUCAGCGUGAGCGGCGGAAUGCUGCUACAGAUGGCUACGACGAAUGUUAUCCUUUGGCUGGAGAUGUUGACAGCGACGAUGAGCUGCAUAAAAACAACAAGAAGUCAAAAAGCAACAGAUCCGAGUGGCGUAAGAUAGAGAAGCUGGUUGCUGAUAAGAAUACAAUUUCCAUGGAUCAGCUGGAGAAAAUGUCAACUUUCAAAAAGAAAAGCUGA